CUUCUUGCUGAGUGGGAGGCAUCCCUGGACCAUCAGAGCCACAGCCGUCCCGCUUCCUCAGGCCAGCUUCGCAGAACUCGACGGCAGAGCGAUCAGAUUGCUUAUGGCGGAACAAAGACCCCCGAAACGACUUCGCUUGCACCCCGAGGACCCUGAUGAAGGCUCCUCUGGGCUUCAGGGAAAGCCAGGUGGCUCAUCUGUGCAACAAGACCUCACGGAAGCAGAUAGUCUCCCAGCAUCAGCCAAGCCUGUAAAACCCAUUGCUUAUGUGAGACCUAUGAGAAUUCAGAUGCCAGCUUACGCAGAGGCAACUCAAUCUGGACGAAGAGGGCAGAGGAGAGGCAGAGGCCAGAGAAGAAGAGCAGGAGGGAGCAGACACGACAUGGCACGUCCUCAGGAGGCGUCGAAUCAGCACAGCCAGCUGAACAACGUGCAAGAGCCAGGCAACCCUGCAGAACCAGGGGCCAGCCUGGCCCCUUUCUUCCCUUACGUUGGUACAGCCAUAGCACACGCAAGCCAGAACCUCCCCCAUAUGCAGCAUGGGGAGAGGCUGGAGUUGUACAGGGCUGCCCAGGGGCCACUGGAGCUUGAGGUCUAUCCUUGCAUAGGUUUCAGCCCCUUAGCUGGCUCAGCCUUGCGCUUCACGCAAACCACCUUCGGCACCCAUGUGUUCGGAGUCCCAGUGUUUUCCGUCCAUGUCUUCCGCUGAUCUGGCUCAUGCCACAGCUUCUCUUCCCCACCCAAAUCCAAGCCCCACUGUUGUCCCACUCCUCCUACCCAUCCUCCAAGUUGUUUUGUCCUAGGAAGCCUCCAGGCCUUCCAAGAUCCCAGCCUAGUUACUUGUUGCUUCCAACAUCCUUAUCCCUGUUAUUUUGCUUGUUACACAUGUGUUUAGUCAGUCAACAGCCUCCUGCUAUGUGGUCAGACACCUCUCCCCAGAUGUGCAAC